UGCCAUAGCCAGAAACAGCCAAAGCUCAAUGGCGCACACGGACAAGCGUCGUAACUGGUCGCAAGAAGACGACCUCACCCUUCUCAAGCAAGUGGCAGCCGAUACUCCAUUCGCUGCAGAGAAAGGGCAGCUCAGAAAAGCUUGGCAAGGACUUGCGGAAACACUCAUGCCGUGCGAGAACUUCGGCCGUGUCGUCGACGGGAAGAAGGUACAGAAUCGAUUCCUGGCCCUCGUCGACGAGCAUCGAAAAUUCGAUGCAACGUCAGCCCGUCUUUCUGGUUCAGACCAGGAGGAGAAGGAGAAGCAUAUGCUCCUCGACGACAUCAUCACGCUGCUGGAUGACGUGAAGGCCGAGCAGCAAAAGACAGAAGCUCAAAAGCGCUCCCAAGAUCAAGAUGACAAGGAUAAAGUCGAACAAGGUGGGCUUAUAGUCCGCGAAAUGGCUAUGAAAACGAUGAAGCGAAAAUGCGACCCUGAAGGCGACGAUCCAAAGCGUCCUGCGCUCGAGAACCGUCGCAACAGUCUGGCCGCUGCGAUUUUGGCAGAGAGCGAACGUGACGCAGUCGCGCGAGAGAAGCAGCUCGCUUUUGAGCGCGAGAAGUUUGAAUCGGAGCUUCAGCAGCGUCAGCUGGACCGUGAGGAUCGAAAGGCUGAGCGUGAGCACCAGUUGGUAUUGGCGAACAUUGAGAGCGCAAAAAUGACCAACAUCAUUAAGGUGUUGUUAGACAGUAAAAAGUAAUCAUGACUUUGGAC